AUGCUCGCGAGGAACUCGGACUUGGACGGCGUAAUCCGCAGUGUGCGAGAAGUGGAGGACAAGUUCAACAAAAAGUUCAACUACCCAUGGGUGUUUUUGAAUGAGGAGCCGUUCUCGGAUGAGUUCAAGAGACGAGUGGGCAACCUCAUUGGCGCUGCCGUUCAUUUCGGUCAGAUCCCACAGGAGCACUGGCAUCAGCCAAACUGGAUAGAUGAAACAAGAGCUACCAACGCGCGGAACAAGAUGGUCGAAGAUAACAUCAUCUAUGGAGGCAGUGUCUCAUACCGCAACAUGUGCCGCUUUAACUCCGGUUUCUUCUAUCGUCACGAACUACUCCAGCAGUACCGCUACUAUUGGCGCGUCGAGCCAGAUGUUCAUUUUCAUUGCGAUGUGAACUUCGACCCAUUCUUAUACAUGCAAAGCAACAACAAAACUUAUGGCUUUACGAUCACAAUGUACGAAUUCGAGGCCACAAUUUCCACACUAUGGGCAACCGUCAAGGAAUUUAUCUAUCAACAUCCACAAUACCUAUCCCCCGACAACGCAAUGAGUUUCGUGUCUGACAACCACGGUAACAGUUACAACCUAUGUCAUUUCUGGAGUAACUUCGAGAUCGCCGACAUGGACUUCUGGCGAGGAGAGGCAUACACUAAGUUCUUCGAGUUUCUGGAUUCCAAGGGUGGAUUCUACUACGAGCGGUGGGGCGAUGCCCCAGUACACUCGAUCGCCGUGGCUCUGUUCGCGCACAAAGACCAGCUCCACUUCUUCCGAGAGAUCGGAUACGAACACAGCCCGUACACGCACUGUCCGAAGGAGAAGGACCUCUGGCAACGAGGGCGAUGCACGUGUGAUCCAGGCAAAAGUUUCGAUUACGACGGCUACUCGUGCUUGAGCAAGUGGGACGGGUUUAUGGGCGCAUAA